AUGCACGACUCGGCUUCCAGUCCGGUUCGAUGCGCUGAUGAGGCAUACAAUCAUCCUCUGGCGUCCAACUACGCCGCUGCCGCCGCCUUGGGCGCGAUUCCCAGCCUCCUCGGCCCUACCAACCUGAUGGCAAUGCCGACUCUGGCACCUCCACCGCCGACCUCAUUGCUUCCUCUUGCUGGCUCGCUAGCGGCCGCCGGUCUUUCUCCCAUGGCAUGCACACCUCAGCCUGGCUUGUCGGUGAGUGGGCCUCGCAGAAUGCCUCUAGUCCGCCUGACGACUGGUGAGGCUGGCGGUGGUUUAGCCUCGAUGACGGCGACUCCGACAGUUGCCAGCCUCGGCAGCACCACCUCAACUGGUAUCAACAAUACUGGUCACGAUGAGGGCAGUCGUAACAGCAGCUGCAACAGCCUCGGCGCCGGUAGCAGCGGGUCAGGCCUUGCAAUACCGCUGACGCUACAGACCGAUGCCAACCCGUUUCCGGGAAUCGGUUGUGAGUACAAUAUCUUCACCAGCAGUCUCCCUGGCCCCGGAUCCCUGGCCUACAACCCCAACAGCCAGCAUCAUCCGCACCAUCAACAACAGCAGCAACAGUCACAACAGCAACACAUGCAACCGACGCACCAGCAGGCGCCACAACAACCCUCAUCGGCCGCAGUUGCCAUGGGCCUCGGCCAGCAUGUCCACUUGGGCAUGACACCGGCAGGAGCUGCGGCCGCCGCCGUCGCCGCUGCGGCGGCCGCUGCUGCUGCCGCCUCGCCAGCCUCUUCCUCGCCUCUUGGGCAGUUCUUUUUCGACGCUUCCGGUCUCCAACUGGCGGCCGGACCGCCGGCCGACUACGCCACCUCGACGGCCGGACUAAUGCCACAUGCU